AUGUCCUCACAAACAAAGCAAACUUUCACUAUUGGCUCUCGAAAAUCAAAACUUGCCUUAAUACAAACGCAACAAGUGCAUGACAAGCUCGCUGCUGCAUUUCCGCACUUCUCUUUUCCAAUAAUCUCAAUGACCACAACAGGGGAUCAAAUUCUCUCGAAGCCCUUAUAUCAAAUUGGCGAAAAAAAUCUAUUCACAAAAGAGCUAGAAAUCGCAUUAGAAAAUAGAACAGUGGAUUUAGUGGUACAUAGUCUUAAAGAUUUACCGACUUCCUUGCCGGAGGGCAUGUGUGUGGGUGCUAUACUACGACGUGAGAACCCUAAGGAUGCGGUGGUAAUAAAGGAAGGUCUUGACGCGAAAAAAAUCGAGGAUUUGCCAAGUGGGAGUAUUGUGGGGACUAGUAGUGUUAGACGCGUGGCACAAUUAAAGAGAAAAUUCCCACAUUUGGUGUUUCAGGAUGUGCGUGGUAACUUAAACACGCGUCUCUCUAAAUUAGAUAACCCCGAGGGGCCAUACUCGGCUAUUAUUCUUGCAGUGGCUGGUCUAGUCAGAUUAGGUUGUGGUGAUCGAAUAUCACAAAUUCUCGAGAAGUCCACUAUUCUUCACGCAGUCGGACAAGGUGCAUUAGCAGUGGAGUGUCGUACCGAUGAUUCACAACUGCAUGAAAUACUUGCAGUAUUGGAAGAUCGAGAUACACGAUUACGAUGCACAGCUGAGCGCUCCUUACUGCGAACUCUUGAAGGCGGAUGCAGUGUUCCAAUAGGGGUGUAUACUCAAUUUAUCGAGACCCAUGACCGUGGCAGCCUCGAAGAACAAAUGAGUACUAGAAAAAAACGGGUAUUGAGAUUAAGUGCGCUGGUCGCCAGUCGUGAUGGGAUGGAUGUUGUUGAGGGAGAAGCAGAGAAAAAUGUAGAUAACGAUGAUGGUAAUGAUUUAGAAGCUGCUAUUAGUCUUGGAAAAAAUCUGGCUGAUAUUUUGAUAGGUAAAGGAGCGAAUAAAAUUCUUGACAAUUUAAGGAGAACAUCAUCGACAGAAGUCGAUCAAACUGCAUUUUUAUUAUAA